GCGGCGUCUUCUUAAUUUUUUACAAAUUAUUUGUACAUUUACUGUGCGGAAUAGCGUUUCAAAUCAAUAGAUUAACUAAGUGCAAAUAUUACAACUGCUAUAGUAGCAUAGAUCUGUAUUUUCUAUAUAUUGGCGUUAUCUACUAACCUCGCACAAUGACGAUGGAUAUUCGCCCCAACCACACGAUUUAUAUAAACAAUCUAAAUGAGAAAAUCAAGAAAGAAGAGCUAAAGAAAUCUCUUUAUGCCAUUUUUUCACAAUUUGGUCAAAUUCUUGACAUAGUCGCCUUAAAAACGUUGAAAAUGCGAGGGCAGGCCUUCGUUAUUUUUAAAGAAAUAUCCAGUGCUACAGUUGCUUUGAGGAGUAUGCAAGGAUUCCCUUUUUAUGACAAACCCAUGAGAAUCCAAUACUGCAAAACUGACAGUGAUGUAAUAGCUAAAAUCAAGGGCACAUUCCAAGAAAGACCAAAACGUCCCAAAAUGCCUAAAGGCCUUGAUGACAGCAGAAAGAAAAAGAACAAAGAUGCCAACCGCCUUGGUGCAGCAGCAGGUUAUGGUCAAUCCGGUCUGCACAAUAAUGUCAAUGCAGAACAACCCCCAAAUCAGAUUCUGUUCUUGACUAAUCUUCCUGAUGAAACUUCCGAGAUGAUGUUGUCUAUGUUAUUCAACCAGUUUCCUGGUUUCAAAGAAGUGCGACUAGUACCAAACAGACAUGACAUUGCAUUUGUUGAAUUUGCAAAUGAAAUGCAAUCAGCAGCCGCCAAAGACGCUCUACAAGGCUUCAAGAUUACACCCACACAUGCUAUGAAAAUAACGUUUGCAAAGAAAUAAUUGUUAAGCUUAAGAUUGUAUUAGCACAUACAUAUGAAUAGAAAUAAAGUUUGAGUACUCGAGAACUGUUUUGAGCAUUGCACCACGCCUUAACAGCUCUCAGGCUGUGACUAGUCAUUAU